AUGCAGCAGCUGGAACCCAACCUCGAGUCAUUUCUGGACCACAACCACCCACCUGGCGAUGACGACGUCCGCUCUCUGCUGAAAGAACUCUCGUCUGUGGAAGAUGAACUCAGAUCCGUCGAAUUGCGACUGGAAGAGCUUCGGGCACGACAAGCCCAUCUUCGAAGCGCGAUAUCGCCUCUACGGAGGUUUCCGUCCGAGUUAUUGGCAGAGCUUUUCAGAGCUUGUUUGCCUCCCAUUCUGGAUGAAGGCGGUCGUGAACGGUUCCUCGUUCUAAGAUCCGUCUGUCGGGCGUGGAGGGAAGCUGCGUUCUCUACACCUGAGCUAUGGGCGGGGAUCAAACUACGCGUAUAUAUUCCCAACGCAAGGUAUUGGGGGAAGGGCGAUACUAGUAUAGUACCCUGGAGGGAGUUACGCUCGUGGUUUGGCCGAGCUGGAUCCACACCUCUCUGGCUCCUAGUUCAUUUCGAGAUAGACGAGAAAAUCUUGACUGGAGGUGGAGGACGGCGCCAUAGUAAUCCCGACGUGCUGGAGGAUGUGGGACGAAUCUUUCAACUCCUAGAGGAGGAUCGGGGUUGGAAGGGGAUUUCCAUCACGUAUGGCCGAAUAUGCCCUGCACCCUUCCGAAACCUCUUCCUGGACAUGAUGGAGACGAUUUCACUUGCGCCAGUGGGUACUACUACUAGCCUCUCGCCCUGGAGGAACCUCAGAUCUCUCCACAUCCCUCUGACUCACCGUGGUCCACAACGACCUGAAGUCAUAUUGUGGGCUAACAACCUCGAAUCGCUUUCUCCCCAUCUAUCCGACCUCACGUUGACGAUGACCAGCAGAUUGGUAGGCGGGGUCGUUAUUUCCCAUGCGUCAAUCACGUCUUUGACGCUCAACCUCUUCCACAUCUAUACACAGCAGGCUCUUCAUAUCGUAGGAGGUGACCUCCCCAAUCUCAAGAAGCUGAAGAUUGACGAGACAGAUCCGGCCAUGACACGCUACUGGCAGACGGAGGCUGACCUCGAGCGAGAACGGUUCGUUCACGAUGGGGUGGAGGAACUUGUUAUCUCGUCCACGAUGCACCCGUUGGAACCCUUGGGCUUUCUUACACUCCCUUCCCUCCGAUCUUUGGCGUGUCACAGGAAAGGCCGCGAGCGCAGCAGCAGGGGCAACAGCGUCCCGCCCGACCCAGUCACCCCCAUCGUGUCAUUCCUGGCGCGAUCGGGGGACUCGCUUCGGACACUGGAUCUUGCUUAUGCAGGGUUACGACUUGAGCCUCAGGACGAGGUGCAGAUGUGGCUUGCGAUCUCGCGGUGCAGGUCACUUCGAUACCUGUCUGUCGAGUGCGACAAAUUCCACGUCCUUCUCCCCUCGCCUGAUCCACAUUCUGCUCUCUCGAUCCCUUUCCCAGCUAUACGCCGGAUCGCUCUCUACGAACAUUCUGCCACGAUUGAUCUCAGGGCUAUCGCACGAUAUUUUGCUUAUCGCCAGAGUCGCAUUGACUCUUCCCCCAGUGCAGCUGUCAAUGGCUCAAACGAGAGCGUGGCUGGAGGCGAACCGGCCGAGUUGCAAAUGGGGUGCAGGAGGGCAGAAAUUGUGAUCACCUUUAUUGGACUUUCCUGUCGCGAGGGUAAGCCGAGCAGGGCCCAGGAGUUGCAGUGGGACUUGGAGAGUGAUGUAGAGUACGCGAAUGCUCUUCGAGAAUUGACUGACCUCGGUGUUCGGAUAGUUGUAGAAGACGAUGGUUGA